CCGCCAGUCCAGUGGAGCUGUUUAUGCGGCCAAUUCCAGCAAAUUCACUUUAUCCAGAGAGGCCAAGAAAGCCCAGCUCUCUGUACCAAGGCCAGGCGACUGGGGUCCAGCCCUGCACCGCCCAGAGGGCCUUUCCUGCAGCCUCGGGCCUGCGGCUUUGGCCCCUGCGGCGGCGCUGCGAGCAGGCCCGGAGCGGACGGCGGGCCAAGGGAGACCCCGUCUGGACGGGAGCGUCCGUGCAGCCGCCUCGUUCUCUCCCCACCUGUCAGAUGCAGUGUGCACGCUGGGCUUCCACUCCAGCCCAAGGGGCUACAAAGCCUGA